AUGAAUCAAGAAAAAAAACAAGAUAUUCAAGUGACUGAAACAGAAAUAGAUCAAGACUAUUUUUCAAGUUUUCCUGCUCCUACUGAACAAGAUUGGAUUGAAUUACGCGAAACGUCAGAUACCAUUCCUAAAUCUGCUUUAUUGGUGAUCUUGGUAGAAUUUUGUGAACGAUUUACUUAUUAUGGUCUUAGUGGUCCUUUUCAAAAUUAUAUUCAAUUUCCUGAUCCUCCUUUUUAUCCUGCAACUCAACCUGGUGCUCUUGGAAGAGGUCAACAAACUGCUACUGCUCUUACUACAUUUUUUCAAUUUUUUUGUUAUAUUACGCCAAUCAUUGGGGCAAUCAUCGCGGAUAAAUAUUGGGGAAAAUAUAAAACUAUUCUAUACUUUUCAAUCAUCUAUUUUAUUGGCCUAAUUAUUUUGACUUUGACAUCUAUCCCAAGUUCAAUUCAAAGUGGUGCUGCUUUUCCUGGUUUUGUGGUUUCCAUCAUCUUGAUCGGUUUUGCUACUGGAGGAAUCAAAUCCAAUGUAUCUCCUUUAGUGGCUGAACAAUAUCAAUCAAAAAAUCCUUUUGUGAAAACUCUCAAAUCUGGUGAACGUGUGAUCAUCACUCCUCAAGCAACCUAUCAAAAGAUCUUCAACAUGUUCUACUGGGGUAUCAACGUGGGUUCCUUAUCUGCUAUUGCUACUACUUCUUUGGAAAAAUAUAUUGGUUUCUGGCCUGCCUAUUUACUACCUACACUGAUGUUUAUUCCUGGUAUCCUUACUGUCAUUAUCGGCAAAAAUCAAUAUGUACAAUCGCCUCCUCGUGGAAGUAUAUUUAUUGAAGUGUUCAAAGUACUCAAAGUAUCCUUUCAACAAAAUCGUAAUAUGGAAGCAGCCAAACCAUCCAACCUUGCUAUUCAUCAUCCUCACCUCGCCGCCAAAGCUACUUGGGAUGAUGUCUUUGUAGACGAAAUGCGACGUACAUUCCGUGCCUGUGCUGUAUUCUGUUGGUUUCCCAUCUAUUGGUUAUGUUACUCACAAAUGACAAACAACUUGAUCUCUAUGACUUCUACCAUGCAAACUGGAACUUUACCUAAUGAUAUUUUACAAAACAUUAAUCCAUUAACUUUGAUCAUCGCCAUUCCUAUCUUUGAUUCCAUCAUCUACCCUGGUUUCCGUCGACUUCGUAUGCCUUUACGACCUAUCAUGCGUAUGACCUUGGGUUUUCUCUUUGCUGCAGGUGCUAUGGCUUAUUGUGCUGGUAUUCAAUCCUAUAUCUAUAGUCAACCUCCCUAUUUUGAUCAUCCAGAAGGAAGAAAGAAUGAUGUGUCUGUAGCUCUUGUUGUGCCUGCUUAUGUCUUGAUUGGAAUCUCUGAAAUCUUUGCAUCUAUUACUGGUCUAGAAUAUGCAUACAAAAAGGCUCCUAGUAAAAUGAAAUCUCUUGUGAUGGCUCUCUUUCUAUUUACCAAUGCCGUCAGUGCCAUCUUGGCCUUUGCUUUGGUCUCCGUUGCUGUUGAUCCCAAACUCACUUGGUUGUAUACUGGUAUCGCUGUCGCCAUGGCUACAUGUGCUCCUAUCUUUUAUUACAUCCAUGGCAAGAAUGACAAAACCGAUAUAGAAGAUGAUGCUAUUGGAUCUCAUCAGAAUCGAUCGGGAACGAAAAAGGAACAAAUGGAAGAAUAUACGCCAUGAUCAAAUUUAUUCAAUCUAUUAUUUAUCUUUUUAUUUUUUUUUUUAUUUUA